UAAAACCAAAAAUCAAUUUACAGUUUCAUGUUCUAGGGUUUCUAAUUAGUAUCCAACGCUUUGAAAUUGGGUGCAGCAGUGCCAAAUUAAUCGAUCGUCCACUUCAAUUUUUACUGUCUCCAUCUAUCCCUCAUCGUAAAAACGCCCAAUAAACAUCUCAAGUGAUUUUUCGGGAAUGUCUCGAGUUUAUGUCGGGAAUUUGGACCCUCGGGUUACUGAGAGGGAUCUCGAAGACGAGUUUAGGAUUUUCGGCGUUCUCCGCAAUGUCUGGGUAGCUAGAAGGCCACCAGGAUAUGCAUUUAUCGAGUUUGAUGACCGCAGGGAUGCUCUGGAUGCAAUUCGUGAAUUGGAUGGCAAGAAUGGCUGGCGUGUGGAACUUUCUCACAAUUCUAAAGGUGGUGGAGGCCGUGGUGGUGGGCGUCGUGGUGGCGGUGAGGAUUUGAAGUGUUAUGAGUGUGGUGAACCUGGUCACUUUGCUCGUGAAUGUCGCUCGCGCGGUUCACGGGGCCUGGGGAAUGGGCGUAGGCGAAGCCCCAGUCCUCGUCGCCGUAGGAGUCCAAGUUAUGGAUAUGGACGCAGGGGCGACAGUCCACAUGGGAAAAGAUCUCCUCGGCACCGCAGCAUCUCACCUCAUCGUGGUCGCAGCAUCAGCAGGUCACCUCCAUAUCGUCAUGCUCGUCGUGAUUCACCUUAUGCUAAUGGAGAUUAAAACAGGACCUUAUCUGAGCAAUUCUGGAAUAGAUCUAUGGAAAAGAUUAUGUAAUAAUGUUUUAGGAGCUUCUGUGAGCAAAAGAGAUUUAUGUUAUGCUUGUUUUGUGACAAUAGGGCCUCGUUAGAACUUGUGGUUUUGCAUGGCUUCCACUCUACAAAGUGUUUCAGCCUCCAAAACGGGUGCCUUGGACACCUUUCUAUGAUGGCUUGCUUUAAGCAGCAUAUGGAACUGGGAAGUCCCUUUCUUCAUAUUGUUAUCUACUUCUAUUUAUCUGUUACCUUCAUAUGUUAACUUAGUUAUUAUGGUAAGUGUUUUUUUGUGAUUGAUGAUUCUAAAGGAUUUUUAUGUUUGUUUGAUUUGUGAUUUUGAAGUAAACCAGCUUCCUUUCGCCCCUUUACUGCAUCUUAGUGCACAUGGUUUCCUCACUAUUGCUUCUCUGCACCACCUCUUCUACUGGUCGUUGCUCCUGCAUGUUGUAGAAGCUUGAGUUGCAUGUUGAAUUCGCUAAUAGUAACA